CUGGGGCAGUGCAGGAUGAAGGGGAAAGACUGAGCAGUCAGCAGCACAGUGCCUGCACUGUGUCCUCAUACAGAGGGGGUACUGUGCAGAGCUGCCCCCCUAACACUCAUGGCACUGGACUGCAGAAGAAAGAUCUCCUUCAAUGAGCCCCCAAUGCUCUUGGAUUGACACAUAGAGGAGGGGGCUUUGUAUCUCAUCCCUUUGAUUGACACAUCCAGACACAAGGGUCUUCUUCUUAUCUGAGGCAGGAUGAGUGAAGGAGAGGUGGUCUGUGCUGGCUGGCUGAGAAAAUCCCCUCCAGAGAAAAAGUUGAGGAGAUAUGCGUGGAAGAAACGUUGGUUCAUCCUGAGAAGUGGACGCAUGAGUGGAGAUCCCGACGUCCUGGAAUAUUAUAAGAAUGACCACUCCAAGAAACCCAUCCGGGUCAUCAACCUCAGCUGCUGUGAACAGGUGGACUCUGGGCUGACCUUCAAUAAGAAGGAACUGCAGGACAGCUACGUCUUCGACAUAAAGACCAGCGACCGGACGUUCUACCUGGUGGCCGAAACGGAAGACGAAAUGAACAAGUGGGUGCGGAGCAUAUGUCAGAUCUGUGGAUUUAACCAGUCUGAUGAAGGCUCAGACUCCUUAAGAAACGCGCAAUCUGUGAAUCAUGGUCCAAGGUCCUCCCCUGCGGAAUUUAGCUCCACCCACCACUUACUCAGGGAAAGAAAGUCGUCUGCUCCCUCCCACUCCAGCCAGCCCACCCUCUUCACGUUUGAACCAUCAUCUAACCACAUGCAUCAUACAACUCUGUCAGCUAGCGCUCCUCAGGAUUACUUAUUCCUUCACCAGUGUAUGAGCCGGAAAACAGAGAAUAUGAGAAGCGCCAGUUUUUCUCAAGCCACGCGGUCCUCCUUUUUCAUGCGCAGUGACACGGCCGUUCAGAAGCUGGCUCAGGGUUAUGGCCACUGUGUGAAUGGAGUGAGUGGUCAGAUCCAUGGUUUCUACAGUUUACCAAAACCAAGGCGGCUCAGCUCGGAGCUGAGGGAUAGCGCCUAUGAUCUCCCCAGGAGUUUCGGCUCAGAUACGCCUACCAAGUCAAGCCUUACUGGACUAGAAUCUGAAAACGAGGACGUUUACACCUACAAGACUCCUAACAAUGCCCUAUGUAAGGAGUUUAGUGACCUCUCGACGGACUCUUAUGACCUUCCCGGGACUCCUCUUUCCGUUUAUCAAAUACCAAGGACCUUUACUUUGGACAAGAACCAUAAUGCAUUGGGUUUGGCUUCCAAUGAUUUCCACAAUGCUCCUCCUCCACGGCCACCUAAACCAGGUCAGACAGAAACUCGCUGGGGAAGUCCUCAGCAAAGUAACGGAGACAAUAUAGGGGUUGUGUCUGUCAACAUUCCAAGGAGGAACACGUUACCGGCCAUGGAAAACCGACGCCAUCGAGCGUCCUCCUGUGAAGCCUAUGACUAUCCUCACCUUGGAGAUUUCAGUACGGAGCAGUCUGUGGAGUCAAUCAAUGAUGGGUUCAACUCAUACCUUCAAACCAAAGGCUCCAUGACGCGCUCAGAAAGUGCAGAUUCUGAGGAUAACUACGUGCCCAUGAACCCUGGGUCUUCAUCUCAGUUCCCCUCUGAGAAGCAGAACGACAAUGCCCAGAGCGUGUAUAUUCCCAUGAGCCCCGGUCCUCAUCACUUUGAUUUCCUGGGGUUCUCUUCUGCCACACUUCCUGCCCGCAAAGGAAGUACAGCCUCCCUGGGCCAGCGGCCUACCAGGGUCAGCGAGAUCCAGCCGCCACCGGUAAACCGCAACCUGAAGCCGGACAGAAAAGCUAAGCCGACCCCUCUGGAUCUGCGAGCGACCACAAUAAUUGAUGAACUUCCCUUCAAGUCUCCAGUCACUAAAUCUUGGUGCAGACAGACGCAUUCCCUAAAAUCCGGCUCCUCUCAAUACUGCCGCCCAGUGUCCACACAGAGUAUUACCAGCACCAGCUCCGGAGACAGUGAAGAAAACUAUGUCGCCAUGCAAAACCCAGUGUCGGCCUCUCCAGGAACCAGUGGUACGAACAGCCCGGCCCAGAAGAAGAGCACCGGCAGUGUGGAUUACCUGGCGCUGGAUUUCCAGCCGGUGUCACCGAGUCCUCACCGGAAGCCCUCCACGUCUUCUGUAGCGUCCGAUGAAAAGGUGGACUACGUGCAGGUGGACAAAGAGAAGACCCAGGCCCUGCAAAACACCAUGCAGGAGUGGACGGACGUGCGCCAGUCAUCGGAGCCCGCCAAGAGCGCCAAGCAGUGAUGACACCGCCGCCCCGUGAUCACUGAAGUACCGACAAGCCGGGGCCUCCUCGCCGCAGACAACCGCCGUGCUGCUUGUUCUGCCUGAAUCGGCGUUGUGGGGGGAGCUCUCUAACGCACACACCACACUGGCGCCUUUACCUUACUUUCUAGGUUACUAUAAUCGAUGCAUCGGCCUAGUCCUCAAUUCACAUAGCACUGAGUAUUAUGUUCCAGUGCACCGGCCGCCAUAUUGAAAACGCAUCCUAUCCACGCGCCAUUCUCGAGCUUGUCAGAAUAUAUAGAACGGGGGGAGGGAUGGCUCCGCGGGGGAGGGGUCUGUUUAUGAUUCGCACUAAUCUAUAGAGUUUCGAUACAGUUGGUCAUUUUGUAGCCGUGCCUUUAAAAAAAUCGCCACCUAGUAAAUUCUUACCGGAUGAAACCGCAACAGUGGUGAACAUUCAGGAAAACCGGUGCCUAGAGGCAAUCUACGUGUAAUGAUUCAUUGUCCUCUAUUAUCCUCCAGUCACUUCCAAAGCAGCGUUCAGAUUUUUGCUGCUUACCAUUUGGAGUCUGUGCACAUCGCUAUUCGUUACGUACUCGACAACCAGGUUUUAUUUUAGUUUUUGAGUAUAUCCCAUGGAGUAAACACUACAUCUCCCACAAUGCACUGCGGCAGAACAUGCUUUUGUACAGACACUGCACCAGCAGGGGAUAGCAGGGAAGUGUGCGUUCCUGUCGCAUCAGAAAAUGUGAUUGCAGCUUUGGAUGUGACUGGAGUACCGGUUCUUGUGAAUGUUGCCUACGUUUCUUGUUGUGGAAAGUAAAAUGCGAGUUCGUUGUAAGCAAAGGAAAUGUGAAAAAAACAAAAACAAAAAGUGGGGUUUUUCAGCUCUUAUAAUGAGGAAUCGGGUCCGGACGAGCGGUCAUAUGACUGCCGCCAUCACUUUUUGCAUAGCAAUAUUGUAAUGUGGCUAAGAAAUUCUUCAGACUGUUACCCAAAAACCUCCACUGUGCCGCUGUUAACACUUCUAUGUUGUGUGGUUAGCGACCACCGUCACGUGACCACCACUUUGACAUUUUUGAAAACUGUUGAUCUGAGACUUAAAGGUACCAUAUCCCAUAGCAACUCAUCAUUAGAACCCAGCUGGUUGGAAAAAUGGGGGCCAUCUUGGUUUAUGCUGCCACACACCCCACCCCUUCCUUCCACCCUUGGCAAUAGAGGGAGCUGGGGUGCCCGGGUGAGGCCUCGAGAGUCAUGUGCUCUGUGCGGUAGGUGCCUUGGGGAUAGGUCUUGAUGGAAAGGUCUUUGCCCCCAGACUGGCUCCUCUCUUUUAGCAAACAAAAAGGAACAGACUAUGGUAGUGAUUAACUCCACCCCUGAGGAAGGAGGGUGGGGCCAAGCUUAGAUAUGUCCCCCAAGGAAGCUGUGGAGCCUGCCUUUAUAGCAAAAAAAGCCAUAGCUUGAAGCAUUUGGCCCCCAAUACCCCCCUCCUCUUGCCAUAUUCCAUUUAUAAUACUGGUGGCUUCAUAUAUGGCAGAGGAGCCUUUGGGCACUUUAAGUACAAGGGCCCGAAUGCAACUGCUACCUCUGCACCCCCCUAGCUAUACCCCUGCUCUGUAGUACGUCCUCUUUUGGGUGUAUGCGCAACAGAUUUCUAUAAAUGUCCUGAUUCAGUAGCAGAGAAUGUUUUUUUUUUUGGGGGGUUUUUUUUGUUCAGCUUUUUUAAAAUUCUUUAAAAUUUCACAGAAAAGUAAGAAUUUUUUAUAUAUUUUUUUUUAACUAUAAGUAGUGAAACACUGA